UCCAGAUUCCAUGCCCAGUCCCCAACGUGAACUCAACUGAUCGUCUUCACCGCGUUGACACUCAGUUCAUUUGUUCUUUCCAAUUUCUCCAUUUCGAUUCCAAUCCACAAUCUCAUUCAAAUCCCCAAUGAGAUUCUGAUUCCAACUUCAUUUCCAAUUGAGUUGAUUUCUCCUCUUCUUCCGGCUAAAUCCCCCAAUUUUUGAAGAACAAAAACCGUCAAUUUUCGCACGAGAUCCAAAAGGAGAAGAUCUAUUUCCAUGGCUCUUAGAAGGAGGCAGCAAAUCGGGAAGCCAGACGGCGGCUUAUCCUUCACUUACGAUUCUCCGCCGGCGCCCUCCGCCGACAGUUCUUCCUCUUCUUCUUCCGCCUCCUCGCUCGCCACUAAAGCUAUUAGAGCGUCUUCGGCGUACAGGGAGUCGUCGCUGUCUUCUGUCUACGAACAGUCGGCUCUUUCUUCUCCGCGCGGUUCUGCUCCUUCCGCUGCUAAUAAGGAUCCAUACAUCUAUGACCAUGCACCAAAGAAGAGCAUAAAUGAAUCUAAGCAAGGAUUCUGGGGGACGCUUGCUCGUAAAGCUAAGUCAAUUAUUGAUGAAGAUGAUGAUACAGCUCAGCAACACGAGACACCCACAGGGACUAAUUUUGAGUCAUCUGAUAGAAGCAAAAAGGAUCAGUACUAUAGCACAUAUAAUUCUACUGACAACCGUCGAAAGACUGAAGGUCCUGGGAUACAGAAGGGACUAGAUGCUAUUGCUUCAUCCCUUAAUUAUAUUGGUGGCACUAUUGGAAAAUCUCUUGAGGAGGGUAUCACAGCCGUUGAGAACCGUACUGCAGGCUUAAUUCAAGAGACUCGUAAGAUUCAGAUAAGAAAAAAGAAUAAUAACUCUGGAUCACAAAACCAGGUGUCAAAUUUUGACAGCCUGAGACGACAACCUUUGCAACAGAGUCAUGUGCAACCUGAGAAUCACAGUACAGUCGAAAUACAGCUGAAGGCAUCUCGCGACGUUGCAAGUGCAAUGGCUGCUAAAGCAAAACUUCUAAUGAGAGAGCUGAAGACAGUCAAAGCUGAUCUUUCUUUUGCGAAGGACCGAUGUGCCCAGCUAGAAGAAGAAAACAGAAUGCUUAGGGAAAGCCGUGAAAAAGGAGACAACACAGAUGAUGAUGACUUGAUAAGGCUCCAACUCGAGUCCCUUUUGGCUGAGAAAGCUCGACUUGCCCAAGAGAAUUCCGUCUACGCACGGGAGAACCGUUUUCUAAGGGAGAUUGUCGAAUACCAUCAACUUACUAUGCAGGAUGUUGUGUAUUUUGAUGAAGGUAGUGAAGAGGUCACGGAAGUCUACCCCAUCAAGUUAACCACAGCCACAAAUACACAACCCUCGUCAAUCUCUCCAACUCCAACAGUUCCCCAUGGGGCAAUGUCCAAAGCACAGCAGCAUGUCUCUCUCAAAACUUCCCCAUCCGAAGAGCUCCAAGAGGCUCCACAAACUAUUGGCGUGACCAACCCGUAUGUUCAGAUGCCUUGAGAAGAUGUUAGAAAAAAGUUGAAUGGAUCUCAGCUACGCGUUCUCAUCCUAUCCAUUUAUAAAUGUAGUUGAGUUGAUCUCAGUCUCUCAUUUUUGUGAAUUUGGAUUUUUUUUUGGUUUUAUUUCUGUAAAUUAUUGUAUUUCUGAUGAUCUUCCUCUCAUUUGAAGCGCCUAAUAUGCUCCGAUGAUUUACUUGGUUUUAUUUCUUCUUUUUCCUAUAGAGAGAAACUGGUCCAACACUUGUAAGCGUGUCUACUUUUUAUGACAUUAUGAAAUUGGCGAUUGGGAACUGUAAA